UAAGAGUGUUGUGGCUGGACCACCUGUUCAGACAUCUUGAGCCAAUCUCUUGAUAAGGAGAGAUGACUGAGAUACUUGAUGGACUCCAGGUGACCUGGGAAGUCUAAUAAUAGCUCAAGCUGGACUGAUGUCACCUAAUUUACCCAGUAAGGAAUUCAACUCCUGGUGUUUCUCUGGCAUCCCUGGGUGACCAAGGCAACAUGCUGAGAAGUGACUUCAGUCACAAUUUCCAACUGAAUCAGGCUGAGUCAAGUUUGAUCCAGAUCCUUUCAAAAUGUCCUACCAGCGGAGCCAGCGACAGUGCCCACCUCCUCCUCCUAAGUGCAAGACGCCCAAGUGUCCCCCUGCUUCUUCCUACUGUGGCUCCAGCUCAGGGGGCGGCUACAGCUCUGGGGGCGGCUACAGCUCUGGGGGCGGCUACAGCUCUGGGGGCGGCUACAGCUCUGGGGGUGGCAGCUGCUGCUCGAGCCAACACAAGCCCCGAUUCUCUCUCCGUCGCCGACGUCACAGCUCUGGAUACUCUGGCAGCAGCUGCUGUGACAGCAGUGGUGGCGUCAGCAGUUGUGGCGGCGGUGGCAGCUGCUGCUGUGACAGUACCUGUUGCAGCACAGGUGGCAGCAGCAGCUGUGGCAGCAGCGAUGGCGGCAGCAGCUGCUGUGGCAGCAGCUGCUGUGGCAGCAGCCAGAAGUCUAGAGGUUGUUGCUGACCCGGGGAAGAGGACCACGGAGAGCAGUGCUGACGGCCAGCCAGAGUGUCUCCUCUUCGCCGGCUUUCCUGCAGAAAUACUUCUACAAUUCUCUGUUUCCUUCCUUCAUCUCCACAAAGCUCAUCUACCGUGGGGUUCUGAGGUCUCACAGUCUCACCUCUGAGCCUCAUUGGCUUUCUUUUUCUCUCAGACACAACAGUCUGGGAAUGAGAUGUUAAAAACUCAGCUCUGAAGUGCUUUUCUGGGUAACAAUAAAGCUUUGAUUCCUGA